CCACACACAAAAAAAAAAAAAAAAAAAAAAAGAAAAAAACACACACACAACAAAAGCUCUCUGUCCGCUGCCUUCUUCGUCCCUAGCUCUUCAUUUCCUCCUAAUGAAACCCUAAAUCCUCUUCGGAUUACAGAUCUUCUCUCUGUAGUCGUUUCAUUGCUUCUCUUCUUCGUUAGAUUUGAGCAAAAAUGGUGGUUCAGUCUUUACAUUGUGUAGAUAAUAGUGAAAAUAGUAGUCCAAAAGGGAAAGUAGAGGCUGCAGUAGUGUCUACACGAAGAAGAGUGAGUGCGAGAAUACAGUCAACAAAACUGAGAGCUGAGAAGGAGAAACUGGUGAGGAAAAGAGUGGAGUUGCUGGAUGAGAAUGAGGGUGGUGGUGAUGGUAAGAAGAGGACUAAUGUGUAUACUAGAAGAAGAGUAAAUGUUGAGAAUCUGACUGAGGAGGUUGUGCUUGAGAAGACAGUCAGUGAAGUGGUAAAGCCUGCUGGUGAAGCUGUGAAUUUGAAUAAUGGAGGGCAAAAUGGGGCUGUUGGUGGUAGUGAGGGUGUUACUGGUGGUGUCAGUUGUGUUACAGAGAAAAGUGCACAUGCUAGGGUUAAGGAGACUUUGAGGUUGUUUAACAAGCAUUAUCUCCAUUUUGUUCAGGAAGAGGAGACGAGGUGCCAAAAAGAAGAGGUUGAUAAAAAAAAGGCUUCCAAAAGUAAAAAAUCAAAGAAAGGAAAUGCAACUAAAGUAGAUGCUAAGAAAAAGGCCAAGCGUCCUGAUUUGAAGGCAAUAUCCAAGAUGCUCGAGACUAAUGCUAUAAUGUACCCUGAGAAAAAAAUUGGUGAUCUUGCAGGUAUCAAUGUUGGACAUCAGUUCUAUUCAAGGGCUGAAAUGGUUGCUGUUGGUUUCCAUAGCCAUUGGCUGAAUGGAAUUGAUUAUAUGGGCAUGUCAUACAGCAAGGAGUAUGCUGAUUAUACAUUUCCUCUCGCCAUAGCCAUUGUCUUGUCAGGAAUGUAUGAGGAUGAUUUGGAUAAUGCAGAGGAUGUUAUUUAUACCGGUCAAGGUGGGCAUGAUUUAACAGGAAAUAAACGCCAAAUACGUGACCAAGUUAUGGAGCGUGGUAAUUUAGCACUCAAGCAGCUUCAUGAGCGAAAAAUGGACCCUUUGCUGUGGCACAAGUUUUUCAAAGAGCUUACAUGGAAAAUUGGUUUUCACUUUAUGAAUUACAUAGCAAUGGGGUUUCAGAUAAACAAAGAUUUCAAAAUGGCAUCUUUAGUCAACCGACAAGAAAAGAAUUGUGUAGAGCAAGGUGUUCCUGUGCGAGUUAUUCGAGGCCAUGAAUCCGCCAGCAGCUACAGUGGAAAGGUUUACACAUAUGAUGGUUUGUACAAGGUAGUUCAAUAUUGGGCAGAGAAAGGAAUAUCUGGUUUUACUGUCUUUAAGUAUCGACUGAGACGGUUUGAAGGACAGCCAAUAUUGACCACUAACCAGGUCCAGUUUAUUUAUGGGCGGGUUCCCCAAUCAAUUUCAGAAAUUAGAGGGUUGGUUUGUGAGGAUAUUAGUGGCGGUCGGGAGGAUGUUCCUAUUCCGGCUACAAAUUUGGUUGAUGAUCCACCUGUACCACCAACAGGUUUUACUUACCGCAAGUCUCUUCAAGUUUCCAAGAGCAUUAAGCUCCCAACCAGUGCCGUUGGGUGUGAUUGUAAAGGAGGCUGCGUGGAUCCUCGGACAUGCGCUUGUGCUCAGCUUAAUGGCACUGAUUUUCCCUAUGUGCAUAGAGAUGGUGGCAGGCUGAUUGAAGCCAAGGCUAUUGUCUAUGAAUGUGGUCCAAAUUGUGGCUGUGGACCACAUUGUGUCAACCGGACAUCCCAGAGAGGAUUGAAAUAUCGUUUUGAGGUUUUUCGUUCUCCAAAGAAAGGCUGGGCGGUAAGAUCAUGGGACUUUAUACCUUCUGGGGCUCCAAUUUGCGAGUAUGUUGGAGUGCUUAUGAGAACAGAAGACUUAGACAGUGUUUUAGAUAAUAAUUAUAUUUUUGAGAUUGACUGCUUGCAGACCAUGAGUGGCCUUGGUGGAAGAGAGAGGCGACUUGGAGAUGUGUCUGUACCAACCAUUAACAACUCAAAUAGACCCGAAGAUCAGAAGUCUGAAAGUGUGCCAGAAUUCUGCAUUGAUGCAGGUUCCACUGGAAAUAUUGCCAGGUUCAUUAAUCACAGUUGUGAGCCUAAUCUGUUUGUUCAGUGUGUUUUGAGCUCACACCAUGAUCUGAAACUUGCUCGGGUAAUGCUAUUUGCUGCAGACAACAUACCCCCUUUGCAGGAGCUUACUUAUGACUAUGGCUAUGCACUUGAUAGCGUCACUGGCCCUGAUGGAAAAAUAAAACAGAUGGCAUGUUACUGCGGUGCAGCAGACUGCAGAAAGCGCUUGUUCUAGUGGUUGGUAAUCGAGAUCAGGUUCCUCUGUUUAUCCAAAAGUGGUUGCUCUUUUCGCUAAAUAUAUAGUGGUCAUUACUGCACUAGCAUAAAAUCAAGGUGAUUCUGGGUAUUUUGUCCUGUUGUAUAUCUCUUCUUCCUACAAGCAUCUGUCCUUGUAGCUUUCAAGUCCUUAUACUCCCAUUUUAGUGGGGUUCAUGCCAUUGAUUAGAUCCUUAAUCCUUGAAUGUUUUAGUCAAACUAUAUUAUAGCUUAGAGCAAUGAUGAAAAAAGAAAAAGUAAAUUGUUGUAUAAAAUUUUUUUGUGAAAAGAUAGAGGAUGACAUCGUCUACAACCCUAAUUUUAAUUUUGCAUUUGUUUCUGUAAGUUUUUACAUUUUUUACUGUACCAUGAAUGUCUUUAAAGUCUUUGUAAGAACUUUUCCUUAAGUUUAAUGUAUACUUUGCUUAUUGUUU